GCGUUAGAUAACUUUUUCGAGUGCUCGUCAAUUGAACAUCCAACGAAAAAAGAAGAAGAUGAUGCGCAACCACAAGAACAACGAAAAGAGCAAGUUCCGAAGGCGUUGCCGACACCGAAUAUGGAUUCGUUCACGGUGAUGUCGUGGAAUGUGGACGGAUUGGACAAGAAGAGUCUGAAAACGCGUUUCACAGCCGCUUGCUACAUUAUUUCAACAAUCUCACCCGAAGUAGUAUUUCUGCAAGAAUUAUCACCUGAGCUCGUACCGCAGUUGCGAAGUAAUCUUGGUGGUGAGUAUAGCAUCUUAUUAUCAACCCCAUCACAGCUCUACUUCACCGGUGUUUUACUGAAGCCUAACGUCGAUUAUAUAUCACAUAAAUGUUUCCCAUUCGCAAACAGUGGAAUGGGUCGAGCC